CAGUUACCAUUCGUCUUUCCUAACAGACCCUAAAUUUAGAAACUUUUGUGUGUUUGUUUGUUGAAAUAGCUUGAACUAAAAAGCCUUCCAACCAAAAACAAAACAAAAAAUAAAACUCCCCGCCCCCAACUGAUUUGUUCCUUACAACGGCAUGACCAAGCAUAGAGUAGUUGGUGUGCACAAUGGUUUGUUUUUCUAUCUCUCAACAAGAACAAACACAAGACCUUUUACUACUUGCCCUUUACCUGCUGAAGCAACACAAUCUAUUCCAACAUCCCCAAUUAAUCACAUGACCUUAUGUUUUUCACUUGCACACAAUUUAAUAAAUCGUGGGUUGUUUGAUUCAGCUCACAAAGUUAUUCAAAAACUCAUCUUUCAAUCAAACAAUGAAGCAACUAGUUGUUCUUAUCUCAUUCGCCAACUCGAAGUUGUGUAUGUACAUUCCAUUUUCAAGAAAGGUAUUGUGCCCAACCAUUCUUUAUUGAAUUCCAUGGUCAUUUCUUAUUGUAAAUUGGGUAAAUUCGAUGAAGCUAAGUUGCUUUUUCAUAGACUUGUUGUUGAUAUGAAGUUGAUGGUUUGUAGUAGUGGCACUUGUAAUGUGCUUAUUAAGGGAUUUUGUAGCCAAGAUAGAAUCUUGGAUGGGUUUGAUGUUUUUGUUGAAGCUGUUAAUGCUGAUGUGUUACUCGGUUUCGGUUGUUAUAAUAAGUUAGUGGAUGGUUUGUGCUAUCGCGGGUAUUUAGACGAAGCUCUCUAUGUGUUUGAUGUAAUGUGUGAUAGAGGGGUACCCCCUACGGUUCAUUUGUUUAAAACGUUGUUUGUUUCGUUAUGUAAGAGGGGUAAAGUUGGGGAAGCACAAUUGUUGAGCAUGGAUAUGGAGUCUUAUGGUUUUGUUAUCGAUAAAGUCAUGUACACGACUCUCAUCAACGGUUAUUCUAAGAACCAGAAAAUGAAAACGGCUAUGAUGGUAUUUCUCAGAAUGCUCAAGUUGGGCUGUGAACCAGAUAAGUAUACUUACAAUACGCUGAUAAAUGGGUUUUUAAAGUUGGGCAUGUUCGACAAGGGUUGGGUGCUCCAUCAGCAGAUGGUUGAAUUUGGAUUAGAACCUGAUGCGGUAAGUUACCAAAUCAUGAUUGGCAAGUAUUGCAAGGACCAUAAAGUUGAUCUUGCAUUGGAGCUGUUUGAUAACAUGAUUCAGUGCAAUGUUGCUCCCAGUGUUCACUCUUAUACUGCCUUAAUCUCUGCACUUUAUAAAGAGAAUCGGUUAGAAAAAGUAGAUGACUUAUACAAGAAGAUGUUGUACACUGGAUUGAUUCCUGACCAUGUUACGUUUUUUACCUUGAUCAAGAAUCAUCCAAGAGGGUCAGAGAUUAGUCUAGCAUGCACAUUUUUGCGGGCAAUUGCCGAGAACGGUUGUGGUAUUGACCUCUCUUACAUCCCUAGCCCUACCAGUCGUAAAGUUACUACAGAUAUCAUGCUUGAUAUUGAUCGGCUCUUGGGAGAAAUUGUGCCAAGAAACUUACCUCUGGCUAGUAUUGCUUUUAAUAUAUACAUGAUUGCUUUGUGUUUUGGAGGAAAACUUGAUUGUGCUCUGCUCUGCAUGGAUAAGAUGGCAAGCCUUUCUCUUAAGCCUUCACUGUCAGCUUAUAAUUCCAUGAUCAUGUGCCUUUGCCAAAAGGGACUACUUGAGGAUGCCGAGUCCCUUGUUGAAGUUAUGCAAGAUCAAGGUCAAUUUCCAAAUCAGGCAACAUUGUUGAUUAUGGUAAAUGAAUACUGUAAACAGGGUGACAUACAAUCAGCAUUUGAUGUUCUGGAACAAAUGGAAGAGAGUGGAUUGAAGCCUAGUGUUGCUAUAUAUGACUCCAUCAUUGGGUGUUUGGGCAGAAAAAAGAGAAUAGGCGAGGCCCUUGGAGUUUUCCGGAGAAUGCUCGAAGCUGGAAUUUAUCCUGAUGAAGCUAUGUUUGUGACAAUGAUUAAUGCUUUAUCAAGAAAUGGGCGAGCUAUUCAGGCCCAUGAGCUCUUCGACAAAAUGUUGGAAGAUGGAGUUCAACCAAGCCACUAUGCAUAUACUGCCCUUAUAAAUGGGUUAGUUAAGAAAAACAUGAUAGAGAAGAGCUGUGGAUACCUCGAUCGGAUGAUAGAAGAAGGUUACAUGCCAAAUACUGUUCUUUAUACUUCUCUUAUAAAACAAUUCUUAAGGAAGAGAGAGUUUGAAUUUGCAUUUAAGUUGGUUGAUUUGAUGGAAAGAAGUGAGAUUGAGCAAGACCUGGUAACUUAUAUUACUUUGGUCAGUGGUGUUUCUAGAAAUAUUAGGUCACUUGAUGGGAAAUGGCUUGUCCCACAGCGACAGCAUGAAGAAUCUAAGAAAAUGUUGUUCUAUCUACUUCAUCAGAGUGCUAUCUUGCCUGAGGAAAAAUGUUUCAAAAUCUCAGUUAGCUCUCAGGAAAAAAUAAAAUUUUAUGCACUUAGGCUGAUAGAUAAAGUGAAGAACUCUCCCCUAAUGCCAAAUCUGUACUUGUAUAAUGGCAUAAUUUCUGGGCUUUGCUGGGCAGAGAGGAUGGAAGAUGCAUACAAGCACCUUGAUAUGAUGCAAAAUGAAGGCCUCCAACCAAAUCAAGUUACUUUUACUAUUCUAAUUGAUGGGCAUUUCCGAAGUGGUGAAAUUGAUCGUGCUGUUAGUCUUUUCAACAGAAUGAAUGCGCAGGAUUGUCCUCCAGAUAACAUUGUCUACAACACUUUAAUAAGAGGUCUAUGCAGGCAUGGAAGGCUCAUUGAUGCUCUAUCGCUCUCAUACACAAUGCUCAAAAAAGGAUUGGCCCCUUCUAAGGCAUCAUAUGAAAAUCUUCUCAAUUCUCUUUGUGCUAAUAAUUGGAGUGUUCAUGCGCUGAAGAUAUGUCAAGAUAUGCUUGCCAAUGAAUAUGUCCCUUGUGGCCAUAAUCUUAAAUUGUUGAUUUGUAUACUAGAUGAAGAAAAUAACUGGCACGAAGCUCGUUUAAUGUAUGAUUUGCUUCUUAAGAAAAGAAGAUUUAUGAUGAACACUAGCUAGAGGCUGGAUAUGAAAUCUCUCCAAUAUUGCUGGGCUUCCUUCCCUUUCUGGUCCGUGUGUAUCAACAGAAUAUAGACAUUUGUAUGGAGCUGCACAUUGUAGCUUGUGUACCCUCAGAAAGCUACCAACUGUGUGUACUUCUUAACUGUCUUUUGCGUUAGUACGGAAUCUGAGAAGUGGCACCUUUGUACUGGUCGUAUCUAAUUUGUCAGGUGGUUGUAUGCUGUGUGCAGUUGACAACCUUUAGCACUCUCUAAGAAUUCAGAGGCAACAGGAAAAGAAGUGUUGUUCUCGGAUGAAAGAGUUGGCAUACAUUUGUCUGGAAAUAAAGAAUCCUCUGAAUGGUAUGUGCUUUACAAACUCAUUGUUGGAGGCCACAUAUUUGACAGAAAACCAGAAGCAGUAUCUAGAGGCAAGUGCUUCUUGUGAGAGGCAGAUGUCUAAGAUCAUUACGAUGUUGAUAUGGAAAACAUUGAGGAUGAUUCACUGACCAUUGAGAAGAAGAAUUUUUCUUGGGAGUGUCAUGGAGUGCUGUUGUUGGUCAAGUGAUGUUAUUGCUGAGGGAAAGAAUUAUCCGGGAUGUUCCAGAGGAAAUUAAGUCAGUAAUUGUAUAUGGCGACCAAGUGAAAAUUCAACAGGUCUGUCAGAUUUCUUGCUGGACAUAUUACUGUAUGCACCAUCACAUGACGAUGAAUAUCCAACUUCGACCAAGUAUAAGCAAAUAUCUGAAUGGAGUAACUGUCGUGCAUAUUGAAUUCAGGCUGUUAGACAGGAAUGAGAAAGGGUGACUGUUAUGGAGUAGUGGAAACUGGCAAGGAUGAACUGAAGGUUGAUGUGGUUGUUUUGUGGUUAUUUUGGAGGAGAUGAUGUUGUAGUGAAGGUAAGGAUUAGGGUCAGCGGAUGUGGGAAGGAUCUUUUCUUAUUUCAUUUUCUGUUUUCAUAUUAAUUUUUUAUGAAUUUUAUUAUUUUCUUAAUGUUUCCGUUUGCUGAAUUGGAAUAUUAAGGGCAAUUGUGUGUCAGUUUUGUAACAGGGAGGGCGUGAUUGACCCCAACUAUUAACGGAGGGCAUAUCUAGAUCAUUCGCAAAAUUUAGGAGCAAAUUUGACCCUCUGCCCUAGUUUGAAAUAUGGUUAUGACAAGCUGGAAUUUUUAUAGUCGGCUCAAGAUUUCAUAUAGACAUUAAGAUACAUAAUGAUCCAGAAAUCUUGUAUUUGUUUCACUUAUUUGCUUUGGCUUUCACAUAGAUAUACAAACUAGUAUGUUGUAUCUCAAUUUGUCUUUUUCCUUUCUUUU